CAUACUCUUGCUAGUUGGCACCCUCGAAAGACUUUACCUCGAUGGUCGUUCCACCACCACAACUCGCGAAGCGCUUGGUGCUCCGGCAAAGUCUAGACCGCCGUCUCUGCUUGCUGCGCGCGCGCGGCGGCAUAGCGGAUGACAAAGCCCGGCUCGACGGUGUUGCUGCCGGCAGUGGAUUCACCUUUGACCCCGUAAUCUCCCGCUGCGUGGUCUCGGGCGAGUCGUUGGCGACACUGGUGGGUCAUGCCGUCGUUGGCAACACUUUUCACAGUGGGCUGGCGCUGGCGGACUGGCGGACUGCUGACCGCAGCUAUGCUGCGACGACGGCUCAAAUACGCCGGGAGUCGACUCCUCCGCCGUGUCAAACUGCCGAUCCUGCGCCGCGGGCAGCGCGGGUGGUCCGGCGGAGCGCACGCGGACAGAUCUGCCUGCUGCGCGCGCGCGCUGAUCCCGGGGCUAACGCACGCAUCGACGCCAUCGCUGCUAGCGGCGGAUUCGCCGUUGAUCCGGUCAUCGUGCCCCGGGACGACGAUUCGUUGACGACGCUGGUGGACCGCAUCGCCGUCGACGCGAAUGGUGCACUCACGGUCCAUUUCGGCGAGGACAUCCGCGCUUCACCGCCAAGUGCCACGAUAGUGUCUGCAGUCAAGGGACAUUUACCGGAGACUGCGUCUAAGGAAUGCGAGUCGUCGCGGUCUUCGCUUAUCUUCACAAUAAUGAUGCCAGUCCCAGCCCCGGAAGCGGCGGGCGAAGCAUGCACGCCACGUGCCGCGGAUGCCGCAAAGGCUGGCCCCUUGCCAUCCUCGUCCGCGCUGGCCGUCGGCGCUGCGAAAGAACUCGGUACGCCAAUCGGAGACGGUGAAGCCAGCCGCGACAAACUCGGUGCGGAUACCGCUCGCGAGGGCCCCGACGAAGCGACCCAGCAGGCAGAGGGGGACCGCGCGGCAGCGCGCCUACAGGCGCGGGUCAAAGGACAUCAGAGCCGACUGGGCAGUACAACGCCAUUCGUCGCGCCCGUCAAAGAAUUCGACGUGCCACUGGGCGCGGGGACGCCCAAUCAGCGCGGCGCCUUCGAGACCCGGUGUCAGGCGGUGGACGACGCUGCUGCGUCCGUCGCGAAGGUUGACGUGACUCUCAAUGAUGUGGGAGCCACCGCGCCCAAGGGGGACGGCGCGUCAAUCAUUGCCACGUUUGACGGGCGGUCGCCCCAAGUCGAGCGCGCCGACGUCGUCGCAUUGCAAAUGGCGCGCACGCGCGGGCCGACGCCGCUUGGACCGCAUGACAGUGCCCCUUCUCCGCCGCGCCCGAGCCGGGUCGAUGCAGCGAUCGACCAGUCGCGCGCGACCCCGAGCCGUGAUGCGAUGCACCGCGCGCUCGACGCCGCCGAGGACGCGGCGCGCAGGACCUUCGCCGCGGAACUCCGACGACGCGCGAUGUCGUCACCCGAUGAUCGGACACGCGCCCGCAGGACCGAGCCCGCAAGGCUUCCGCGACCGCGCGAUGCCCUCUUCGGCGUCGAGGGCGCGCCAGAGCGGCCGGCGCAGCCGACCGCGUCGACACUGCGUCCGACGGUCCGAGCCGACGACCGCGCGCCGUUCAAGCGCUCGUACGAAGCCUGGCAUCGGCGCAAGCGAGACGAGGCGCGCGCGCGGCGCGAACAGCUCAUGGAGGCGCUCGUCCGCGCCGAGCGCGAGCGCGAGCGGCGGAUCGACGACCGGCGCGCGGCGCUGCGCGAGCGCCGCCGGCGCGUCGAGCGCGAGAAGCGCGCGCUGGCGCGCGCGCAGGCGCAGCACCGCAAGAAACAGCGGGUUCGAAGGACCCCGCGCCCGCCGAUCGAGUCGGGUCUCCCGGCCGUGCUGGACGAACCGUGCGUGGCGGUUGUGCCCGAGGUCAAGAAGACCGACGCGCGCGUGCGAGCCUUCGAGGAUGUGUUUCUGCCCAAGAUCGUCUCACGCGCGAAUAACAAAGGCAGGCUCGAGCGACGAUCAUUAAAUAUAAAUAAAUAA